UCUCCCAGUGCAAGAAUGGAAUCUUCAACAACUACAACUCUGAUCCAGACAGUUUCCAGACUGUCUAAAGUCAGUUUUUCCUGGUAUGACUAUAUCCUGUUUUCGGUCAUGUUGGUCCUAAGUGCUUUAAUCGGGAUUUAUUUCGGUUGCUUUGGGAGUAAGCAAUCGAGCGCUAAUGAGUACCUCAUGGGAGGAAAAACUAUGAGGGUUAUACCAAUUGCUAUUUCCCUAGUUGCAAGUCACACUUCCGGGAUUACUCUUCUUGCACUUCCGGCCGAUAUUUACCGAUAUGGAGCCGCCUAUUGGUUAGGGGGCAUCUCAAUGGCCAUUCUUUGCGUAGUGACAAUCUACGUCUACUUACCAGUUUUUUACAAUCUGCAAAUUAUCAGCACUUAUGAGUAUUUGGAGAGACGCUUUGAUAAGAAGACGCGAUCAUUUGCGUCGUUUCUUUACGCAGUUUCGGUCUUUUUGUAUCUACCAAUCGUGGUCUAUAUCCCCGCUUUAGCCUUUUCAGCUGCUUCUGGGAUUGACGUCCACCUGAUAGCCCCUGCUGUUUGUGCCGUUUGCAUCUUUUACACCACCAUAGGGGGGCUCAAGGCAGUCGUCUGGACCGACACUCUCCAGUUUACUGUAACCGUCGGGGCCAUCAUCACUGUCUUCAUCUUGGGUGUUAAAUCAGCAGGUGGGUUUCUGCAAGUCUGGAAUAAGGCAGUUGAGGGCCAAAGACUCGAUAUUUUUGAUUUUGAUUGGGACCCCACCAAACGUGACAGCUUCUGGGCCAUUGUGAUUGGUUUAACAGUUCAUUGGAUGGGCCAUACCAGCGUUAACCAAAGCUGUGUCCAAAAAUUUCUCGCUGUUUCCACUUUUAAAAAAUCAAGCUUAUCCGUUGCUUACUACUGUUUUGGUAUGACUGUUGUGAAGACAUUCAGUGUCUUGACCGGCUUUAUUAUGUUUGCCAAAUACUCCGAUUGCGACCCUUUUACCACGAAACAAGUGACACGAAACGACCAGCUGCUCCCCUACUACGUCAUGGACGUCGCCCGGAACAUUCCGGGCCUUUCCGGCCUCUUCAUAGCCGGAGUUUUCAGCGCGGGCUUAAGCACACUUUCAGCCACUUUGAACUGUUUGGCGGGCACCAUCUACGAAGACUUUAUCAGCAAGUUUAUGCAUAAAAGAAUAACCCAAAAAACCGCCAGUAAUAUUUUGAAAAUAAUUGUGGUAAUAACUGGAGUCGCAUGUACGGCUUUGGUGUUUGUGAUCGAGCAUAUGGGAGGGUUGUUGAAGUUGGCUAUAGGUCUUGGUGGGGUCACAAAUGGCCCUUUGUUGGGUUUGUUCACUCUUGGAAUGAUUUUUCCCAGAGCUAACGCCAAAGGGGCAUUUUAUGGUGCAAUUUUUGGUUUGAUUCUUAUAUCGGCUUUGGUUUUCCCAAACAAGUAUUUUGAGACUCAAGGGUUGAUCAAGUAUCCUCCGAAACCGUUAUCAACAGAACGGUGCGAUUUUUUAAACGAAACCACAAUUUUUGAAAACGUAUUAAACAUCAGAAAUAGCUCAACCCACUUUCAACCUCCAGCAAUUUUUCGAAUCUCAUUCUAUUAUUAUACUCUAAUUGGAGCUCUUACUACUAUAAUUUUUGGUUUUAUAAUUAGCUGCAUGACAAAUAAAAAUGACCCUCCGGUCGAAAAAUCUUUGAUAAGUCCUGUGAGCUAUUUUUUAGUGUCCAAAGACACUAAAAGUAAUGGUAUUAUUGAAUACAACACCGUCGAAAAAGCCCUAGAAGUUGUGUCAAUAAAUUCAGAAAGAGAUAACAAAUAACUUUUGUUUGUACUUGUUUUUUAUUUAUUUGAAAUAAAAGUGUUUUCUUUUUUUA